AUGCGUUCCUUCGCCCUCUCCAUCCUCCUCGCCGGCCCUGCCCUCGCCGGAGAGCUCGCCCAGGCCGUCGGCGGCGUCGCCAUUGGCCUCCCCGCGCCCGCGCCCGCGCCUACACAACCCCCCGUCGCGACGCCCGUCGGGCUCGACCGCCGCGCCAUCGACCGCAACUGCCUGAGCUCCAUCGUCUCGGAGCUCAGCCCGCCCACGACGGGCGUCGACUCCAAGCUGCUCAGCUGGGCCACGCGCCAGGCCACCCUCGGCGCCGCCCCUCCCCGCUGCACCAUCACCGCGCCCGCCAGCCUCUCCUCCGCCUACAGCAGCUACCUCGACAUCCUCAAGACCUACUUCAGCACCCUCGAGUCCAAGGCCAAGGGCAUCAACACCAAGUGCGGCGCCGACGUCGUCUCCCUCACCUUCUCCCAGGGCUGCAGCACCAGCCUCACCGUGCUGUACACGGAUGCCACCGCGACCAAGACCUCCUCGUACGCCAACGUCGAGAUCCCCAAGAAGACCAUCUACCUUGGUGAGGGCAGCGGCAGCGGCAGCGGCAAUGGCGGUGGCAGCGGCGGCAGCAAGGACAGCAGCGCCGCCGUGGUGAGCGGCCCGAUCAUGGGCUCCGCGGCCGCCUUUGCCGCCGUUCUCGCCGUUGCGCUCGCGCUGUAA